CAACUUAUACCUCACACCUAUAAAUAUGCCAUCAAACUUAUUCUCGUUCUCUUCUUACUUACGAUUACAAAUAAAAAGAAAAAAAAUAUGAGAACGAUGGUAGAUUUGGGAAAACAAAGAAGUCAUUUACAAAUCAUUGAUUCUCCUACGAGCGUUGACUGUGCUCGUGAAGUCAGACUCCGAAGAACCUUCCGUUCACUCAUCGAGUGCGUCAUCCCAUAUUGUUGCACGUACAAACCUCCUCCUUCCGACCAAAACGACACCGUUUCUGUCUCUUCCUCCACUUCUUCUUCCGACCAACCCGGUGUCCUAGUCACCGGGACUUUCUUCGGUCACCGCCGUGGUCACGUCAGCUUCUGCCUCCAAGACGACACUCGUCCCUCCUCUCAACCUCUCCUCCUCCUCGAGCUAGCCGUUCCCACGGCGGCUCUUGCUCGGGAGAUGGAGGAGGGCUUUCUCCGAAUCGCUCUCCGGAGCAAAAGCGACCGCCGGUGUAAUAUUUUUAACGUUCCGGUUUGGUCUAUGUAUUGCAACGGCAGGAAAUUUGGGUUUGCGGUGAGGAGAGAAACGAAUGAAAACGACGUCAGUUUUCUCCGGCUGAUGCAAUCUGUUUCCGUAGGCGCAGGGGUGAUUCCAAACGGCGAGACGUUGUAUUUGAGAGCCAAGUUUGAGCGAGUGACCGGAUCAAGUGAUUUGGAAUCGUUUCAUAUGGUGAACCAAGGGGGUUGUCAUGGACAGGAGCUUAGUAUUUUCCUGUCGAGAUCUUGAAACUUGUGAUUAGGAAACAUCUAUAGUUAUGAAUUAUGAUCCAUGCUAAUCUUAAUG